CCACGCAGCGUUCUGUUUGUCCAAGCCGCGCACGGUAGUUCAGGGUCGCCGGGAAGCUCGAUGAUGACGGCCACCUUGGCUAGAGGUCUCUCAGGACUGCUGAGGCCUCUGACAUUGCUGGGAAGAAGUUGUCUUCACCAUGCAGCAGGGGUCACCCAGCUGUCUCCUCGCUUCUCCACCCUUGUCCAGAGACAGACAGGAUUUAAACCUCCUGUUGCUGGCUAUGGCUUUCAGCAGCACACUGUACUUCAUCGUGUCACUCCCCUCAUCCCGUCACUGAUGCUUCAGCCCAGUAGAAAUCUAACAUACUAUAGUUUAAGGAAAGGCAAGAGGAAAACAGUGAGGUCUGUGGUGAAGAGGUUCCUCCGACUGCACUGUGGCCUGUGGGUGAGGAGGAAGGCUGGAUACAAGAAGAAACUUUGGAAGAAGGCAGCAGUCCGAAAAAAGCGUUUAAGGGAACAUGUAUUCUGUAACAAGACUCAAUGCAAAAAACUAGACAAAAUGACCACAUCCUUUUGGAAAAGAAGAAACUGGUACCUUAAUGACCCUUACCAGAAAUACCACGAUAGGGUCAACUUCUAAGGGUAAAACCCUCUCAGCAUGUUAGUCUUGUCCUGGUGUAUGAAGAAAAUGGUUAUUGUUAAAAUCUACAAGAAUUUCUGCUGUUGUCGCAUGUGCAUCCAUCAUGAUUAGUGUAAAUAACCAUGGUUCAAAAAAUAAAACUGUACUGAUUGUCCAUGA